GGCUCGGGCUGCCGCCGCCUCAGAGUCGCGCGCCGGGCGUGGGGCGGUGCUGAGGAGUCGAAGCUGAGGCGAGCUCCACGCCGGGACUGUCCAGCGAGGCGCAGCGCGGCCGGAGCCCGCAGCCCGAGCAGCUCCAGAGCAGCAGCAGCCGCCGCCGCCGCCGUCCGCGGAGCCCAGCCGAGCCGACCAUGGCGCUGUCGAUGCCGCUGAACGGGCUGAAGGAGGAGGACAAAGAGCCCAUCAUCGAGCUCUUCGUCAAGGCUGGCAGUGAUGGUGAAAGCAUAGGAAACUGCCCUUUUUCCCAGAGGCUUUUCAUGAUUCUUUGGCUCAAAGGAGUUGUAUUUAGUGUCACAACUGUUGAUCUGAAAAGGAAGCCUGCAGACCUGCAAAACUUGGCUCCUGGGACCCACCCACCAUUUAUAACUUUCAACAAUGAAGUCAAAACGGAUGUAAAUAAGAUUGAAGAAUUCCUUGAAGAAGUCUUAUGUCCUCCUAAGUACUUAAAGCUUUCACCAAAACACCCAGAAUCAAAUACUGCGGGAAUGGACAUCUUUGCCAAGUUCUCUGCAUAUAUUAAGAAUUCAAGGCCAGAGGCUAAUGAAGCUUUGGAGAGGGGUCUCUUGAAAACACUACAGAAACUGGAUGAGUAUCUGAAUUCUCCCCUCCCUGAUGAAAUUGAUGAGAAUAGUAUGGAGGACAUUAAGUUUUCUACACGUAAAUUUCUGGAUGGCAAUGAAAUGACAUUAGCUGAUUGCAACUUGCUGCCUAAACUACACAUUGUCAAGGUGGUGGCCAAAAAAUAUCGCAACUUUGAUAUUCCAAAAGGAAUGACUGGCAUCUGGAGAUACUUAACUAAUGCUUAUAGCAGGGAUGAGUUCACCAAUACCUGUCCCAGUGAUAAGGAGGUGGAAAUAGCAUAUAGUGAUGUAGCCAAAAGACUUACCAAGUAAAAUAGCACUUCUGACAGAGAUGUCUUCACAUCUUCCCCUGACUAAGAAUAUGCUUCUCCUAAUAGACUGCUCCUCUUCCUACAAAGUAGAGACUUUAUUUUGCAUGAACAUGCAGUUAUUCAAGAUCAGGAUAAAGGAUAGACCAAUUAUAGUAGCCAUCUUUCAAUAUACACUCCUAAAUAGUAUUAUUUUAAAAUUCUUUCACCCUGCCUACCUCCCCUACCCCAUGUCCUCCUCUCUAAUUUGGAGACACUCCAUCACGCACUUCACUGCAGAGGUAGUUUGCCAUCUCUCUGCAGCCCUCACCAUUGUGUCUGUGCACUGCCAGAUCAAUGGCAGAACUUUUGAGGUGUGAUGUUUAACUUAAAAGAGUGACCAUGACCUCAUCAGUCAGCCCAAAACUGGUGCAUAAUGCAUGGUACAAGGAAUAUUUAUGUAUUUUUGGAAUUUUAUAUUUAGUAUGAGUAUAUGAAAGGAUUGCUACUGUAUCAAAAUAUUGUUUGAAUUUCGUUUAUCCUAGAUAAGUUGCUGAAGGAUGUUACCAGGAGUAAAGAGAGCCUUCUGCACAAAGUCACUACAGAUUUUGCUCUUUUACUUUGUACAUGGAUUUUUACUUCUGCCUGAAAGCAUGUAUCUUUCUUACCACUUAUAACAUCUGACACUAUGUAGAAGCUAAAAGUUAAGAGGGGGGAUGAUAGUCUCAGGAUCUUCCUCAAGCAUUUUAUUCAUAUAAGAAACCAAUGGGCACCUGAUAAUCUGUCCAAAUGUGUUGUUAUAUGUAUUUUGCCCAGUGCCAUUCAUUUGGAACAUAAGUGCUUUCUUUAUUUUAAAAAGCUCCUUUUUAGGUAAGCAUAGACCUUGAUAUUUGUAGAUCUUUUGAGCAACACUAUAUAAACUAUUUAGUUGAUUAAACUGUAGCAGUACAAUGAUUGGUAAUGGAAAAACUAACACAGACAUUAACCUUAGGGUGGGUUUAUUGAAAUGACAAGUAGAAUUUUCUUUCUAAUAUAAUGUAGAUAAUUUAAAGAAUGCGUUAUCCAUUCUAUAUUAAAAAAAAUUAUAAAACACAGAUGUUUUCCAUUCCACCCUCACUAUUAGACUUUGGUAGAGGAUGGUUCACUCCUUUUGGACUAAAUUAUAGUUGUUAUGGUGAUUAUAUAUUUACCACAGUUUUGCCUAAUUUCAGUCAUUGCACUUCCUUCAAUUAAAUUUUUCUACAGCCACAUUGAGGAAUAGCACUCUGUGUGUUUAUUUUUUAAAUUGAAGUCCGAACCAGGAAUCGUAUGUGCUGUCAAGGGAGAAUGAACAUGGUGAUAAAUAAAACAAAAGCUUGCUAUGUAAUUACUCAUUUUUUAAAAAUGGGCUUUCUAAGCACUACUCCAAAGACUGUGAUUGUGACUGCAAUACAUUUUUGGUAAUUUUUUUAUACCUAAAUUGUUUAUGAAGUGCUAUUUCUCACAGGCUGUUUUUUGGCAAUUUUUAAGUAUACUGCUUUCAAACAGCAGUGUUUUCUGUCCUUUGAAAUGCUAACAUUCAGUAAGCACCGACUUUAUAGAAGCAGCUGAUUUUUGUAAAUGUAACUGCAUUUUUUAACCUAUCAGUAAUUAGCUUGGUAGAGAAAGAUAAGAAAAGCUCCAGAUUGUAUCCAUUUGGCUCAGGGAGGUUUCUUUACCCUGCCUUUCUUAGAACUCCUAUUGCUGAUCAGAAAAUUGGGGCACCACUUCUUUAAUUAAAUAUUGGAUGAUUAUUUCUCUGGUUCCAGGAAGAAGCACGAUUAGGUUAUAUGUUUAGAAAUUCUACAGCCAGAGCUUCAGUGGGUGAAAAGGUCACAUCGGCAGCGGUGUGCAGGCAGCCAUCAGCACUUUUCACCUGCUUUUAAAAUAGUGGCAACUUGGUGUUCAGGUGAUGCUGAACCUUGCCUCAUAGCUUAGAGUAUAAAAAGACUCAAGAAAAGGGGCAUCUGUUCUUUCAGGUAAAUGGUAGACUAAGUAGUGUCGAAUAGAGGGCUAAUGAGGAAAGAGCUACAUUUCUCAAAAUAAAGUGAUGAAAAAAACACUUCCUGAAACUCAGUUGUGAUCUUUUUUCACUUUGGAUAUUUAUUCUCUUCAUUUUUUUUUUCUUUUUAAUUUAUCCCAUGAUUAUACUUGGCUGUCUUUCUGGAUGUUCAAGGAAGGCAGGUCUAUCUGUCAUGAUUUUGAUGAAGUCAGAAUUAUUUUUAUCUGUAGGAAGAUAGCUUUAUCAGGUAAAUUAGUCAAAUGAAAUUGAGACUGGUAAAUGGACAAAAGUUAGUGAAAAGGUUGAUCCUAUAGCAUGCUUUUCACUCCCUCUUAUAUUUGCAGAAAUAGAGUUUAAAAUCUUGGGAGAUUUGGGACAUAAAAGGUUUAUGGCAGUUAUGUAGUGUAUGGGUUGACAUAAUGGAAAUCAUCUGUUAUUUCUACAACCACUGAAUCAUUUCCUCCUUCACUUAAACUAACCCUUCUGUUCCACUCCUACAAGCAGAUUAGAGUCUUGAGUGGAAGCUCUCACUUUAUUCCAAGGGAUUCUGAGAAAUAUUUGUGUUGAACAGUUGGAAAGCUCUUUACUAUUUCAGUUGAUUUAACUUCCUCUUUUUUUAAAUGUAGAUGCAGAUUUUCUAAACCAUUCUGUAUAAUCCUUUAGUAGGAUUGUUGACUUUUGUGAUAAAAUUCAUAUAAGAUACUAUUUUUAGGUAACUGGCUUACACAGCUGAUCUUGAAACCCUUGAGCAAUCUGUGUACAAUUAAGAGGUUUCUGACAUUUAUUCUUACAUUCAGUUGAUCAACUCUAGACUUUAGGCAUUUUUAUUUCUGUUAAGUUUUCAAUCUCUCCAGAGUUACAUGUAGAUAGCUUUUAUUUCUCCACAUUUAAAAUAUCCAUUUAGAAAAUAUCUACAAGGUAAAAAAUGAGGAUCAAUAGAAAUGUAUUUUUUUGUGAACAUUUUGAUACACAUUUCAUUAAGUUUGUUGAUUAACCAACUUCUUACACUAGUUAUAAUCAGUAUUUGAUUCAAGGAGAGGGAAGCAUUCAUUAUUGAUACACUAUGUGGGCUUUUUCUAUUCCACCCGUUACAAACUAUUGAGUUUGGGGCUGUCAAAAUUAUAUUUUUAUCAUGGAAAAAAUUGUCAACUUCUCACAUCAUGAUGUUGAACAGAAUUGGAGUAUUUUCUUUAAAAUUACUUGAAAAGGCAAACGAAAACCUAUUGUAGAAUGCUUGUAUUUUCUUUUCUCUCUUUAGAGCCAGUAUAUUGCUGGCAGCUGUUGUAUUAAAAAAAAUAAAGUAUAUUUUCACUAUCA